AUGGGUGCUGCUAGCUCAGAGAGGGAGGUAUCAAAUUCUGAUAUCGUUACUGUGCCCGAUGAAGAAACCGGUCCUCAAUGCUAUUCUCAUCGCUCUGAAAAAGCCGAGGAUGUCGGAGAGAAGACCGAUGAAAGUAUUACAAAUUCGACAAAGUCGUCAACAUCACGAAGUCCUUGGAAAGUCCUUAUUAAUACAUUGCUUUGGGCUCCGCCAUGGUGUCGAUGGGAUAAAGACAAUCCACCUACAUUUGGAAUGCCAUUGAAUAUUUUAUUUGCUUUUGCCGGAACGUUUACGGUUGCCAAUCUCUACUAUGCCCAACCACUUGAAGAUACUCUAGCCGGGUACUUCAAUGUAUCUCAUGAACGGGCAUCGCUAGUUCCAACGUGUAGCCAGGCUGGUUAUGCAGUGGGACUUAUUCUUCUCUGUCCACUCGGAGAUCUAAUCCGGCGAAGACCAUUUGUUCUGCUAUUGACAUUUAUCACUGCUGCACUAUGGAUUGGCCUGUGCAUUACAGAUUCAUUUAAUGUUUUCCUUGCGAUAAACUUCUUGUCUUCAGUGACCACUGUUACUCCGCAAAUAAUGUUACCCCUAGUUGGGGACCUCGCACCACCAGCUCGUCGCGCAACGGCACUAUCAAUCGUGAGCUCAGGCCUAGUCCUCGGUUUACUAUUUGCGCGCCUUCUCGCCGGAAUAAUCGCUUCAUAUUCAUCGUGGAGAAAUGUAUACUGGCUAGCCCUUGGGAUGCAAUUCGCAAUUUUCAGCCUGCUGUGGGCAUUUAUGCCAGACUACCAAAGGACCAACACAGAUAUCACUUACGUGAAAGUCCUAACUUCCAUCGUGAGAAUUUUCAUCUCGUCCCCAGUACUAGUCUACGCCACUUUCAUGGGCUUUUGUCUCUCUGCUACAUUCACCAGUUUUUGGACAACCCUCACAUUCCUCUUGUCUGGGAAUCCGUAUAACUGUUCGACAGUGACUAUUGGAUUAUUUUCAUUGGCUGGCUUGACUCCAAUGUUCCUGGGUCCUUUCUACUCUCGAUAUGUCAUUGAUAAAUUUGCAACUCAGGUCUCCAUCCUGAUCAGUCUGACUAUCAUGCUUGCUGGAAUCUGUAUUGGAACUUAUACCGGGACAUUUUCGGUCGCAGGACCGAUUCUUCAGGCCGCGUUGCAGGAUUUUGGUCUACAGAUGACGCAGAUUGCAAACCGCACGGCAAUUUAUAGUGUCGCGCCUAAAGCACGAAGUCGGGUUAAUACUGCAUAUAUGAUUGGUGUUUUCUGUGGGCAGUUGACGGGGACGGCGGUGGGAAAUAGAGUCUACGGAGAAAAGGGCUGGAUUAUGAGUGGGUCAGUAAGUGUGGUAUUUGUCGUUGUUGCUUUUAUUAUCUGUUUGAUUCGUGGUCCCGCAGAAAAAGGAUGGAUAGGAUGGACAGGUGGAAUUCGGAUUCGAAAAGUCGAAGCGCAAUAA